UCUUUCUCUCUCUCAAGCACACACACGCUCACUGGUAGUGGUGGUGGAGGAGAGAUCCACGGGACAACAAAGAAGGUCUGCGCUGUUCUGCGUAAACUGCGGUUUCUGAUCGCCAUCAGGGAAGAGGAAAAAGGUCCCGAGUCUACACUACACUGGCUACUGAAACCCAUUCUUCAGUUCUCUAGGGGGGGGGGGGGGAAAUACACGCAGCAAGACUGGAGGUGACAGAAUCCUUAGUGAACCUCUUAGAUAGUAGAGCCGUUCUUGUGACCUUUGGCAACGCGAUGGAGCUUGAGCAUUUCGACGAGCGGGAUAAGGCACGGCUGAACGGGGUGACUAGUCCAGCACACAGCGCCCACUGCAGUCUCUACCACACCCGUACCCUCAAGACCCUCAGCUCGGAGAAGAAGGCAAAGAAGGUCCGUUUCUACCGCAACGGGGACCGUUACUUUAAUGGGAUUGUUUACGCCAUCUCCGCGGACCGGUUCCGGUCUUUUGAUGCUCUGUUGGCGGACCUGACCCGCUCCCUCUCUGAUAAUGUGAACCUACCACAGGGUGUACGGACCAUCUACUCAGUGGAUGGAACCAAAAAGAUCACCAGCACUGAUCAACUGGUGGAGGGCGAGAGCUACGUGUGCGGCUCCAUCGAGGUCUUCAAGAAGCUCGACUACACCAAGAACGUCAACCCCAACUGGUCUGUGAACGUCAAAGCUUCGUCUGGGGCGGCCGCCCGCGGGCCUCCAUCCCUGGGCAGCUCCAAGGCCGGACCUCCAGACACCCGGGACCAAGCGGUGAAGGAUUUCAUCCGUCCCAAGCUGGUGACGGUGGUGCGGAGCGGGGUGAAGCCCAGGAAGGCUGUACGAAUCCUUCUCAAUAAGAAGACGGCCCAUUCAUACGAACAGGUCCUGACCGACAUCACGGAGGCCAUCAAACUGGACUCUGGAGUGGUGAAGAGGAUCUAUACUCUGGAGGGGAAACAGGUGACAUGUCUCCAGGACUUCUUCGGUGACGAGGACAUCUUCGUGGCGUGUGGACCGGAGAAAUACCGUUACCAAGACGACUUUCAGCUGGAGGAGAAUGAGUGUCGUGUGAUGAAGUCAAUGGCCUAUGGUAAAAUGUCCGCUCCUCUGACCAACCGUGGUUCUCCUCGCUCCGUGGGUCUGUCUAAACGCAGAAUGUCCCCCGCAGGCUCCGUGAACGGGAAUCCGACCAGUCAGCUGUCCACUCCUGGCUCGGGGAAAUCUCCAAGCCCCUCCCCUUCCGGCCCUGCUUCAGACCUCAGACCACGCAGGGAAAACAACAAGGCCCAGUCUACAGCCUAGAAUCACUAGAGAACGGAGAAACUACAAAUCCCACAAUCCUUAGAGUUACAGAAGGGUCCGACCUUUUGACCUGUCACGCUGCUGCUUCAGGAAUUCUGGAAAUUCCCCGGCUCACGUUACAAUUCCGAUGAUAUUAGUUCCUUGCUGAUAUUUCCUUGACUGUUUCUCCCCGUGUUGAUGGUUUGUCAGUAGUCUCUUGACGUUGUGGAGAUCUCGAUGACGGAGAGGUUUCUGCCUUCGGUAGUGGGACACUCCUUACGUAGUGCAGUACUCUCAGUCACUCAUCUCCUUUAGACACUUCCCGUAUAGCCAGAUAGUGACCGAAAGGUAGUGCACUAUUUAGGGAAUAGGGUGCCAUGUGUCAUCUAGCCACGGAAACUGUGCUAGAAUGUACUGUAACGGGAGCAUGCAACUCAAGUGGAAGAAUGACUGCGUACACAAUUCGCAACCUUUUCCCUACAUAGGGCACUGUGUCCGGGUGUCCGGGUGCUAUUUUGGAUAUGGCCAAUGUGUUUCUCUAAGAAAUGAGGGAAGACCUGCUGUUGUAAGGCUGUGAUGCUGCACGUUGGUAAUUCAGCCACAGACACUAAUGAGGUUUUAAUGCUGUCCUCAAUCCCAGGCCUUCCUCUUUCACUGCAGCG